UCCCCAGAUUUUGCGAAGAGUCUGCUCAGAAAGUGUCGAUAACCGGUGCAUACUUUGUGUGGUGUGAAUCUCUUUCUAAAGAAGGAGAUUGAUUUGAUUUUUGUCAAAGUCAAAGUCAAAGAUGUCAAAGCAGGUGGCAUUUUGUAUUCUGGCAGUUUUUGCAACAGUGAUAUCGGGACAAAAUAGUGGCUUUGACAAUGAAACUUCGACAGUUAGUGCUCAGGAUAUUUACGAUUUAAACGAGGAGGACUUCCAGUUAUGGCUUUCUGGGCGUCAGCCGAAGGCAUGGGAAUCGACAACGAUGGGAGGAAGAACGAUUGGAAGCAGCAGCAGCACAACAACGAGAAGAACAACAACUACAACUGCUGCUCCAUCUAAUACCAGUUCUUUUGAUGAUAGUCGGUUGAUUGAGCAGCUCGAAUUUCUGGAACAGGAAACUACCCCGAGACCCAAAAACGAGUUCACACAAAUUCCUCCCACCAUAACUACAACAACAACGAGCACCAGUACGCCAUUUGAUGGUUAUGACUAUCAACGUCCUGAAACCCUCCAAGAUCUGCUGAAAGAACACAUGAUUGAGUCACAGAAAAUCGCUAGUCAAUUCACAAGUGGUAAUCCGCCCCAGUUUCCGGACAAACAAAGUCCGGCUGUUCCAGUUUGUGUCCCAGUGAAUCAAAUCUUCAACUAUCAGAAAGGUGCUCUCUCUUAUCAAACAACUGCUACUAUCCAUAAGUAUUUCGAUACCCCUCAGCAGCUUCCAUUUCCCGGAACAUCCCACACAAGUGAUGAAUAUUUGAGUCAAAAUAAACCAAACAAGCAGCAACAAGAGGACUUCUUAAAAAAUCAGCAACUCAAUCAACUGCAGCAACAGCAACAACAAUUCCAAAUUCACCAAGAGCAACUGAUAGAACGCGAGAAGCAAAGAUUACAGAGCCAGCACCAAUUCCAACAACAAGACAUUUUCAAACAACAACAGAUACAGCAACAAGUUCAGCAACUCCACGAGCAACAACUUCUGCUGCAGUAUCAAUCAGUUGCCCAACAAAAUCCUCUUCGACAGCCACACCAGCAACAGUUCAGCCAACUGCAGCAACAAAACCAACAGCAGCAACAACAACAAUACCAAAUCCACCAAGAACAAUUAAGAGAACGGCAGAGACUCCAGCAGCAACAACAACAACAACAGUUCAAUCAACUACCAAUCCUGCAGCAUCAGCAGCAUCAAUUCCAGUUUCAUCAACAGCAUCAGGCGCCAACCGUUCAAGGUCAGCGAAGGACUUCGGAAUUCUACGGAAAUCCUCUCUUCUUCCGGCACCAAAACAACCGGCAACACCAGCAGCAGCACGUGAAUUUUGUUGCCCCAGUUCACAGUGUACCAGUUCAUCAGUCACCUGUGGUGCUCAAUUAUUUCUAGCCAGGAGCUUAACAUUUUGCACGGGCGUUCUUUCCUGGAAUUUUCGUCAAAUUGUUACGACCGAAACAUCAAUCAAGACUGUUCUACCAAAACCGUAACAAUCAAAUCAAGAAUAAAUUUAGCGUGUUGAGUUGAUUAUGAUAUGA